AUGCCACCCACCAAGAGCUUUCACAACAAGCUACCUCCUCUGGACGAAAUGGACCUCUUCAUCUCCCAGUCGGCUGACAAUCUGCUGACGCUCCUCCCAGACAUGACCGACAGCAUCCGUCAGCUUAUUGUCCACUACCCAGAGAUCUACCUAGGCGUGUGGGAAAAGCUGCGAUUGAUCCUCGAUGAAGCUGAGACACGCGACAAGCUGCAUGGCAGGAAUAUCGAAUUACCAUCUCCGCCAAUCUGCGAGGCGAAGCCAGAGGUCAAGAUCAACAUCCACGGUGACGAGGUAGUCGACAACUACGCCUGGUUAAAGGACCGCGAGAAUCCAGAUGUGCUAAAGUACAUUGAGGACGAGAACCAGUACGCGAUCGCUGCUCUCCGACACACAGAGCCACUCCAGAAACUCCUCUAUAACGAAUUUGUGUCGCGUUUGGAUGCCGACGAAGAAUCUGCCAGGGUGACCCUGCCAGAUGGAUGGAGCUACUACAGCAAAUCUCAAGUCGGUCUCGAGUAUCGAUUGCACUGCCGGACACGACUGGGCAUGGCUGUCGGCAUGGGGGAGGAGCAGGUCUAUCUGGACGAGAACGAGAUUGCACAAAGCCCCGAGUUUAAGGACUCGACCUACUUCAGGGUUGGUUUCUUACGACACUCGCCUGACUGUCGCAUAAUCGCUUACGGCGUCGACGGCCUUGGCAACGAACAGUUCACAACGUUCUUCAAGGAUCUCGAAACUGGCGAUCUCCUGCCAGAUAGGCUAUCCAACAUCUACGAGAACCUGGAAUUCUCAUCCUGUGGUCGCUUCAUAUACUACCUGAAAUUGGUACCGGAGACAGAGCGAGCCUACCGGCUGUAUCGACAUGUCUUGGGCACGGCUGUGGAACUGGACCAGCUGUUAUACGAGGAAAAGGACGAGAUGUUCUGUCUGAGCAUGACAAAGUCAGGCGACGGCAAGUUCAUUAUGAUGAACGCGGCAGCUCAAGUGACCAGCGAAACAUUGUUCUUACAUGCCGACGCCGAGGACGAUGCACGGCCAGGAGUCAUAAUGCCCAGGAAGGAAGGUGUCACCUAUUCCGCUGAGUCGCAUGACGGCGAGUACUUUUUCGUCCUCACGAACGAGAACUCCAAGAACAACUGGCUCUUCCGUACACCAGCUCCCAAGAGACACUCUCCGCCCGUCGACCUGGUCGCUAAUAGGGAAACGGUCAUUCCCCACAGGGACUUUGUGCUCAUCGAGGAUUUCCAAGUGCGACGGAGACAUUUGGUGGUAUUCGAGCGAUCCAACUGCCAUCAAAACGUUCGUGUCAUCGAGCUGGCUGCGCCUCAAGGCGAUCAUUCGGAGCACCGUCCCGAAGCACCACCCUGCUCAAUCGGAUUGGAGCCCGGCCCGUUCGACAAGUAUCACUAUGUGUCAUUUUCCGAGACGGUGUACUCCCUCUUGCCCGAGUCCAUCAACGAGGAGACCUCCAAUCUGAGCAAGAUGACUCUGUUUGACACCAAUGUCCUCCGCUUCACCUACUCGAGCUUGGUUCAACCGCGACAGGUCAUUGACUACAAUAUGGAUACAUGCGAGUCCCUCACGGUCCACACGGAGCAAAUCGCCGGCACACCUAUCUAUGACGCGAGCAACUAUGAACAGCUGCGACUUUUUUCGACAGGAUUAGAUGGCACUGCAGUGCCCAUGUCGAUUGUCUUCCGCAAGGACCUGAUUGGGCAGGGCGGCAAGGGGCUCGAUGCCAACCCGUGUCUGCUCUACACCUAUGGCGCCUACGGAAGCUGUACCGAUCCGGUUUUCUCGACGCAGCGCCUGAGUUUGCUGGAUCGUGGGUUCAUUUACGCAAUCGCUCAUGUGAGAGGUGGAAGUGAUAUGGGCAUGGGGUGGUAUGAGGAAGGCAAGCUGGACAAGAAACCAAACACGUUCUUGGAUGUCAUUAGCUGUGCCGAGUAUCUCAUCAAGGAAGGUUACACUUCUGCAGAGAAGCUGGCUAUUUAUGGUCGCUCGGCAGGCGGUUUGAUGAUUGGGGCAGUGGUCAACAUGCGCCCAGAUCUUUUCAAGACUGCGUUGACAGAGGUGCCGUUCGUGGAUGCAGUCAACACCAUGCUGGAUUCUUCGAUCCCCUGGACAGCGUUCGAAUGGGAAGAGUGGGGAAACCCCGAGAACCCCAAAAUCUACCAGAUCAUGAAACAGUACUGCCCAUACUCGAACGUCCGUCCCCAAAAGUACCCAAACAUGCUUGUUCUGGGGGGCAUGAACGACCCUCGAGUGGCAUUCUUCGAGCCGCUCAAGUGGGUUGCGAAGCUGCGAUCCUGUUGGCCACCCAAGAGCACUUCUUCUUCUCAAUCUCCCGGUGAUGGCCCGGAUGGUAUAGAGGAGCGAGAUGACAGGAUGUUGCUCUUGAGGAUUGAGGAGGUUGGUCACGGUGGUUCGUCUGGGCAAUACGCAUACCUUGAGGAUCUAGCGUUUGAGUACGCGUUCUUGAUUUCGACUCUACAAGCACCAGUUUUCAGGAUUGACAAGGAAGACGAGCACAGCACUGGGCGAGUUGAGCCCCUGACGCCAUCGACUAUUCGCCGCAAGAAAGGAGCCUUCACGAACGAGCUUUUGGAGGAGCUGGACAAUGGACAUCAGGGAGGUGGGCUAGGCAUUGAGUCGGAUCAUCUCCAACCUUUUAUAUGCGUGGCGAAGCCUGGUAGCCAAAUGGACCAUCGACGCAACAGUACCGGCCAAUGGACUGGAGCCACAGUUGCACAACAGCAACAACAGCAACAACAGCGGCAGGGAGCAAAAGUGCGGUCUCGAUUCGAUGAGCUCAAGUCGUCUAAGGGAUCGAGUGCGAACUACAACAGGCGGCGGUCGACGACAUUGCUAGAGUUUUCGGAGAAGGGUACGAAGCAGAACGGCAAGCCUGCACCGGCGUCGCAGGGACCUCGUUCGCAGAGCAAGCUGACGGAGUGGAUAGCCAACUUUUUCUAG